AUGAUCCUCGAGCCAAACCUGAGCCUUGAGCCAUACAUGAGUCUCGAGCCAAACUCACGCGUUGAGCCUAACGUGAGUCUCGAUCCAAAGCCAAGCCUCGAGCCAAAGCCAAACCUUGAGCCAAACUCACGCCUUCAGCCUAACGUGAUCCUCGAGCCAAAGCCAAGACUCGAGCGAAACUCAAGCCUUGAGCUUAACCCAAGCCUCGAGCCAAACAUGAGCCUCGAGCUAAAGCCAAGCCUCGAGCCAAACUUAAGCCUUGAGCCAUACAUGAUCCUCGAGCCUAACUCAAACCUUGAGCUUAAUGUGAGCCACGAGCCAAAGCCAAGCCACGAGACAAAUUCACGCCUUGAGCCUAACGUGAGCCACGAGCCAAAGCCACGAGACAAACUCAAGCCUUGA